GCGACCCCUGUGAAAGGGUCAUUCUACCCCCAAAGAGUCGUGACCCACAGGUUGAGAACCGCUGCUCUAGCUAUAGGCAGCACCCAUGAGCUCAUACACACGCAUACUCACACUCACACUGAUGCACACACUAGUGCAUACACAUGCACUCAUGCACAGCCCCACCUGAUACUUGAAUACUCACAAUUAUGUCCACAUUCACCCAGGCACACCUACCUUACGCCCAUGCACUUGCAUGAACCCACAGACACACCUGCUCUCACAGGGUCGCCACUCACCCUGGUGGCCCACGUGGACUGGACAACACAUGUGCACACAGCCAGACCCAGACAGGCUGCCCCCAGCGAUUCCCCCAGCAGGAGUUGCUCCUCUCCCAGACUGCCAGCGGGUCCUUCCCACUCCCCCGGAGUCGGGUGGGAGUGUUGGGGUGGGAGUGGAACACCAGUCAGGGGGAGCUGCAGCGGGCACUCUGGACACAGAGUCCUGCCCCCUCACUUUACUGGUGGGAAAACACGGGCCCAGAAAGAAGCCGAGAUGGCUCCAAUGCCCCACAGCCCUGGGGUAGUUGAGGCAGGGUGAGGACCUUAGGUCCCGGAGCACCCCCUGCAGCCCCUGCUUUGGGAAAUGGAGCAGAAGAUUGUGAAUGCAGCCUGGGAGUUCAGGAGGCAAUCGGCUGUCACCUCCUCCAAAGGGAAAGGGAAGCUAGCUUCGUCCACGCUAAAGCUGGGGGUAGAGCCCAAACGAUUGCUGGGCUUUCUAACAAUGGACUAGGGCAGGACUUGUGGCCUCUCCUUCCUUCACCAGGGGAAAGAGAGAGAACCAAGUUCAACAGCCCCAGGCUGCCGCCUAUGAGGCAAAGGCCAGACAGACUUCCCUCCACUCUCCAACCUUCUCAUCAGCCUCACACCCACCCGGCUCCCACAGCGGGCAGCACUCUCCGCUUCCCUGCCGGCUCGAUAGCUCCUUCAGGGACCACACGGAACUCCCAUUUGAGCAUGGGGAGUUACAAGUCAGAAUCCAGGAGCUCCCUCUUUGACAGGACAGCUAGGAAGCUGUGCCUGCAGGCAGGCCCCUCCCUUAGUCCCUGGGCCCCUUAGAGCUGGCCUCUGUCCUGCUGGGCAAGGCAUACAUAGCUCUUAGCUUAGCUCCACUGCUAAGGACCCAGAGGCACCCCAUUCUUCUGGGAAGCCUCCUGCCCAGGGGUGCUUAGCUGACUCACUUCAGGUCGGCACCCCAGCGGUCAUCAGCUGCGUCCAGCAGUUGGCAAGGCAACUGGACGGGACAGGGCUUUGGGGCCGUCAAGACAUGGAUGGAUGUUGACUAAUAUCUUUGUGCAUCUUGCUUCCCCCCAAUACGAGUCAUUUGAGACCCUGAACUAUCGAUGAUGGUGACGAUAGAAAUGUCUGGAUUUCCUAGUCAGGUCUGCCUCAGGGAGCUGCACUGAGCGGCCUAUCCUGGUCCUGGUCAUGAGCUGAGGGGCAGCCGGGUGUUAAGGAAGAUGAGGCGCAGAGAGGUCCGGCUGGUGAUCGCGGAGAAGGGCCUGGCCUGUGAGGAGCGCGACGUGAGCCUGCCACAGAGUGAGCACCAGGAGCCCUGGUUCAUGCGGCUUAACCUGGGCGAGGAGGUGCCUGUCAUCAUCCAUCGAGACAGCAUCGUCAGCGACUACGGCCAGAUCAUCGACUACCUGGAACGCACCUUCACCGGAGAGCACGUGGUGGCCUUGGUGCCCGAGGUGGGCAGCCCCCAGCACGCACGGGUGCUGCAGUACCGGGAGCUGCUGGACGCACUGCCCAUGGACGCCUACACCCACGGCUGCAUCCUGCACCCCGAGCUCACCACGGACUCCAUGAUCCCCAAGUACGCCACUGCAGAGAUCCGCAGACAUUUAGCUAACGCCACCACGGACCUCAUGAAAUUAGACCAUGAAGAGGAGCCGCAGCUCUCUGAGCCCUACCUUUCAAAACAGAAGAAGCUCAUGGCCAAGAUCCUAGAGCAUGACGAUGUGAACUACCUGAAAAAGAUCCUCGGGGAGCUGGCCAUGGUGCUGGACCAGAUCGAGGCUGAGCUGGAGAAGCGAAAGCUGGAGAAUGAGGGGCAGAAAUGCGAGCUGUGGCUCUGCGGCUGUGCCUUCACCCUCGCGGACGUCCUCCUGGGGGCCACCCUGCACCGCCUCAAGUUCCUGGGACUAUCCAAGAAAUACUGGGAAGACGGCAGCCGGCCCAACCUGCAGUCCUUCUUUGAGAAGGUCCAGAGACGCUUUGCCUUCCGGAAAGUGCUGGGCGACAUCCACACCACCCUGCUCUCCGCCGUCAUCCCCAACGCUUUCCGGCUGGUCAAACGGAAACCCCCCUCUUUCUUCGGGGCGUCCUUCCUCAUGGGCUCCCUGGGUGGGAUGGGCUACUUUGCCUACUGGUACCUCAAGAAAAAAUACAUCUAGAGCCGGGCCUGGGGCCUGGUGUGUGACUGCCGGUGUCUGUGCUGUGUGAUCCCCGAGUUCUCAGUAACAACGUUUUGCCCACACGUGGACAGCCCCCCACUCCCCCCGCCCCUUGUUCUGAGUAAUUUUAGCGUCAGCGUGAACACAUUCCAUAGUUUAGAAGUAGACGUUGCCAGUGCCGUGCGUGGAGGCCACGGCGCUGCUAAAGAAGAGGAGACACACAGAGCUCGAUGCCUUUCCUUUUGAUUCAAGGUGUCCAGAUGGAACGGUGGGGACUGGUUAGGGUCUGAGGUGAGCCCCCGGCUGUCUCACCCGCCCAGGCCCUAGACUCUGGGAGGGGCUGGGGGCUGAGAAGGCCUGACCCUACGCCUCCCCUGCCCUCUUGCCCGGGCACUCUUCCACAGGACAAAGCCAACAAGACUCCACUCUUCUAACCAGCACCUCCGGCUGGGGCUGCAAACCUAGAGACCCUGUGGGCACCCCCUGAAGACCAGAAGGAGCGUCACUUCUCCCUUGGACCUGGACUGAGACAGCACUGUAGCGAGCCAAGGAAGUGGCACCCCCAAACUGGGCCGUGGUUGGGGCUGACACCAUUAGCCCUUCUCACCCCGCUCUUGUUUCCUGGGGUGGGGUGGGGGGUGGUUUGACACAGACCGAUCCCGAAGGCAGUACCCAUCAUCGCCUACCCGGGGCUUAGUGUUCCCACCUCGGGAGAUGGGACUUCCACUUAAAGCCAUGUAUGUUGGCCUUUUCCCAGAAGGUCAGCCCCGGCCCAAGUGCAGGCAUGGGCCCAGAGGUAGAAGAGCCUCAGACCCCUGUCCCAACCUCGGCCAAAGCCAUCUCCUUUCAAAACCCACCUUUCUCACCACUCACGGGGCUCCCCCCCGAGCCCCACCAGACCACGUUAGGAGGGGGUCUCGGUAUUCACCUUGCCCACCUGGGUCAUGUCUCACUUUCCUGUGCCUUUUGCAUGUUGAGAAAGGGUCUAGGGGGUAGGCACUGCCGCUCACUGCUUAGAAACAAACCACUGAACGCCCCAAUAAAGCAUCCGGGGGGAGCAGUCGCUUUUCAUUUCUAAA